ACUGGAAGAGGUUAAGAUAUUCAGAAAAAUCAUAAAACGUCAAGGGGAAAACGUGUCUAUCCCUUGAGAUCCCACAAUCCCAUUGUCCCAUUAUCCCCAUCUAUUUCCUUCGUUAGUUCCCCCGAUAUACCGAAUUCCUUUCUAGUCCCUUUAUUUCUGGGAAGAGACGGGAGCGAGACGAGAAACGUAUCUCCUCUGUCUAUCCCAUCCGUCUAUCCCAUCAACCCAAUCCAUCUCAGCCGCCACACUUUCCACACUUUCCACCCUUUCCACCCUUACUCUUUUGAAGAGACAGAGAGAGCGAGAGUAGAGAGAAAGGUUCCAGAUCUUCCAUCGUUCGUCAGUCGGUCGUUGUUUAACCUUUUCCUUUCUCCCUGCUCCCACUUCCACUUCCACAUCAUCGUCUUUUGUCGAUUUGUGUCUCUGGAUCGAUCUACAAACGGAAAGUCCGACGACACAUGGCUACUUGAAUCCAACACUCCGACAACGACAACACAGCGACAACGGAAAAAUCUAGACACUGCACACCACACGAAGAGAGAACUAGGAUUGAUGGAGGAAUUGUCUUACCCAUUUAACAUCUUACGACAUUAAGCCAGCAGCAUAAAUUCAUCUUCUUAAGUUUGUGGUGGUGUUAUUCCUGUCUCUUUCAAAGUCACACUCGAAAAAGGUCAUCUCAGCAACAAUAAUCCGAACAACUCCAAUUCCAGUCGAUCGAAACCAUCACACUUUCGUUUUUCUUGGGCCCCCAAACAGAAGAAAGAAGAAAAUCUCUUGUAUCUUCGUCUGGACUUUCUUUGGACUUUCUUUGGACAUAUCGAUUAUACCAUCAUCAACACAGGCAGACAGGAUACCAAGGUACGAAUACAUACUAAGACUUGUUAUCUCGGUACUUUCUUCCAUUUGACUCCGAUCUCAACCCCAAUCAAUCCCUUAUUGCUUGACCCUUCGACCCUUCAACCCUUCAACUUUCAACUUUCGACUUCCGACUAUCAUACUAUCCUCUCACACCUCUUUAACAGCCAACCCAUCUUCCCAAACUUCUCUUGUCGAUCUACAUUGAGAACCUUUCCCUGCCUCUCUCGAAUAACCUGAAUUGAUAUUGUUGACUUCUGAAUCCUUUAACUGGUGUUUUCAAUAAUGCAUGAAGUUCAAUCGUGCGACGUCGUUUCCUCAACUUUAUUUCAACUCGGCGCAAUUUGGGCGGCCCUCCCUCUCGAAGAGCGUCGUCCAUAAAUCUUGAUAUGGUUUAACAAUCACAAAGAACUUCAACUCUACGACCUAUUGGUACUAAAGACCAAGCGCGGGGGAAGAGAUGGAACCACUUCAUCUUACUGAAUUCGCUUCAGAGCGAUAUUUCGAUAAACUACGACAGAGUGAUAGGAAUGGACAUGGGCAUGGGCAUGCUGAGAGUGGAACAGGGUCUGGGUCUGGAUCUAUUGCUGCUGCGACUGCAACUCCGACUGGGACUACAACUGGAACAUCACAAAAUUCACAGAUCGGCUCUUUGUCGAUUCCUCUAAUUAAUCACGAACCUUCGCCAUUAGAAGCAGCUACAUUCAAUUUACCUUCGAGACAGAGAAGUGUCACCCAUGAGAGUUUGGCUUUCCGACCCAGCGAUCAAAGAAAACGUUCGCUCGGACAUGACCUCACUACUUUACGAACACAACGUCGACCAAGUUUCAGUGGCUCAUUGGGUGCUCUAAGAUCCAAAGUGAACAUUACCCAUCGAGCUCCAUCAAUUGUCGAGACACACCCAGACACAAUUCAAGAAAGAAUUGAAAGACAAAGUGUUUCUCUCUCCGACCUCUUCCUCACCCUUCCAGCCGAGUUACAAGCUCAAAUUCUCUCACCUUUACCCAUCCAUACAAUUCUUGACUUGCGACAAGUUUCAAGAUCAUUUCACACGUUGAUUACAUUAAAUGAAGCACCGAUCGCGAGACAUCACGCAACACAUACACUACCUCGUUAUACCAUACGAUUAUUUCCUUUGCCAGACCCGGAGAAGUUGAACUUACACUAUCUGUGUGGAAUAUGGCAUCGAUUACAUGUCGCAUCAAAAUUGUCUACCCUCGUUUCUAUACAAGCCCGAAAGGAGAUAUUCUUGCGGACGACUGAAGCUCAAGUGUUGGAAUUCCAACCUCAAUAUGAAAGGAUGCGUCAAAGAUUAGUACCACUCGUCUUUACCAUAUUUCACUUCUUCGAAACUUAUCGAAAAGUAUAUGCUCGACAUCUUGAAAGACGCGGGGCGCCUUUAACUCGAUUACCAUACACACUUAACCCAUUCGAGACUUAUGCUAUGAAUAUGUAUGAUGACAGAACUUUAUUGCAUGUUCAUCAGGUAUUCCCUUUGUUCAUGUCAUCCUUUUCUCGUCGAUUAAGGCCUCCUUCAUAUGUUGGAAGAGUGGAAAGAUCAAUCAGAGGUUAUUUGAAGGAUCGACCACCUGAUGAAGUGUAUUCUGCGAUCCUAACAAUUGGCGGGCUUCAGCAAGCCGAAAAAUUCUGGAAAACAAAGGGAUAUAACGCGAGGAGAGCCGCCGUGGACCAAUGGUAUGGCUCUCUACAAAGUUGUCGUUUGCCAAUUGUCGAACCCAGCACCGCUGCACCGAAAUCCAAGAUGUCAAAAUUCACUCAUCUAGGAAGAAAGAAGGCACCCCAGCCUAUCGCUAAUCCUCCAUCUGGUAUUUCAAGUCAUGAUUCUUCGGGAUGCAAUGAAUGGUUCUGUGACAAGUCUAAUUGCAUAGCCUCCAGACGGAAUGUAUCGGAUGGCAGUUUGGUAUGGAGAACAAGUCUUUCAGCAGGUCCGCCAAUGCGUCCUUUGGGAAGAGAAGUACUUGGGUUACUGGUGGAAGGUGUGCCUGAUUUACAGGAAUUAUGGGCCAAAACAGCUGAAGCCUUGAUUCUUGAAAGAGGAAUUGUGGAUAGACCUGAGAGGAUCAAGAAGAAUAGUAUGGUGCUAUUGGACUUGAUUAAGGAGGAUGGAAGGGAUGAAAUGGAAGGCUGGGAGCCAGGAAGAACGGGAGGUAAUGCGGGGGAUGGGUUAGAGGUUGUGGACACAGGAUCAAUCUCGGAUUGAGAAGUCAAUGAGAGGAGUUAUUUACCUGCGGGCUACGAAAAUCGAUGCGAUGACUUUGUCACGUGCAGGAAAAGUUGUUCGACCAUCGUCGAAUGGAUGCUUUGCGGUGCGGUACGAUGCCAUGCGAUGCUUUUUAAAAACGACAAGAAGUGAUGGAAAGUAAUUAUUGGGGGUGGGUGAAAGCGAACGAGUGUAUUUGAAAAGUGGAAAGGGAAAGGUUGCAUUGUAUGGAGUUUUUGAGCGAUAUCCUUUGUUUUAGGUGCAACAACGUCAUACCAUGGAUGGUCCGGGAUUGACGACUUAACCAGGUUGGGGUUCUUUAGGUUGAGAUUAUGGCGUUUUUAGGUUUGGGCGCUGGAUUUAAGAUUUGAAUGUCAAUCGACAUAAAGGGUGGGACGAAUGGGAGGGAAUGAAUGAAUGGAAAUGGAUUGAUGCUGUAUUGAUUCGGAAGUAUUGACUCGGUAGCAUGGUGUUUGUCUUUGUUUAUAUUGAUUGGGGGGUAUGGGGCUUGGCCAUAUCACUUCGGGGUGGAUGGGAAUUAGGGUUUGGAUUUCAUGGGUGAAAUGGGGGGGAUAGGGAGAUGGGAUGGGGGUGGAUGGGUGUGUACGCCUUUGGUGUGGGAAGUACAUGCGUGCUUGCUGCUAGGUGUUAGAGGGACGAUGAAUGGGACUUGGGGUUAGAUGUUCGUAGAGAAAGCAAGGAGCAGGUUCAUUUUGUAUGUAGUACUGUAGUGAAUGAAGUGGGAGAUAAAG